GCGCGUUAUUGGUGAUGCGCUCCCCACGCGUUGCUGCCGAGCAGAAGGUUGUUGCGAUCAAUGGAUGCUGGUUGUAGGAAGAUGUGAGGGGGAAUGGCGAGCGUGAAGCGCGUUGUUUUGUUGCGCCUUGCACGCGUCGUUGGUUGUCGUCGUGAUCCCAAGAUGAUUCGACUAAUAUACUUGCAUCAUGCCGUCGUCAGCAGCGUUGAAUGGAACAUGUCGUGCAGAGAUGUCGUGGCAAUGUCUUGCUGUAUACGUUCAUGAUGUUCAAGUUGUGUCGCAACUCGAACGCGAUUCCG